AUGCCCCCUCGUCGUAGUACGAAGCGGGCGUACUCAAAGCCCCCCUUGGACCCUGAGGAAUCUCCGAAGAAACGCAAAUCGACCAACGGUAAAAGGGAGAUUUCUUCCCCUUCCUCUGAUUUUUCAUCAGACGAAAUUGAAAGUCAAUUGCCCCUCUUGCCAGAGGACUACGACUACCUUGACUACAGCAUGAUGUCUCAAAGUGUCCAGGAUGAAGCGUAUUCACGCCCUCCGAGACAACAGCGAUGGAAACACAAUGGGGCCAAACCUAUUACCGAUCCAGCGCUUGUCCCGGAAGGUUGGAAUGCGGACGAACUAGAUCUUGAUGUCAAUGAUAUCGAUAGUCAAGUUGAGAGAUGUAUGGAGAGGAUCAGUGAGGGAAUCUUGCCGGGUUUCUUCAAGUUCAGACUUUCACAAUAUGAGAAAAGAAGGGCUGCUCGCGAUGAAAUGGUCCAUUCUGAGCCGGCCGGACUCAGCUUGGAUAUCGUUCGACGCCUGGGCCAUUUGAAGGCUAUCGAGACACAUCUCACCACGAAUGAGGACCCGGAUAAUCAGCUUCCCAAUGUCAAGGCUCUCAUCAAAGCUUACAGGGAAGGAAAAUUGGGCUGGUCGAGAGGAUGGGUGAGCUACUGGUCGAAGGGCAUGCAGCUCAAUGCGCCCCAUAAGUUUGACGUCGAUGUUCAUAAGAACAUGGCUGAGCAGUACGACACCACUAAGGCAUGGUGGGUGGAAGGUCUUCAACCUCCAGGCGGUGGCAGUCUAGGAGGUUUUCACUCGUUUGCACCGUAUACUAAUGUCCACACAAUUCAGUUCCCGGUGCAUAUAUCGGCUGAUAGUCAACUUCCUGGUGCUAGUGGCCUCACCCUAUACGUGUGCCAUGAUACUGGUGCCGAUAUUAUGGCGAUACCUCAAUGCUAUAUAGACCAGCUGGAGUCGCUAGGUAUCCCCGUUCCAGUUCACGGCUAUAAUAUUAUGGAAACACCUGGCUCUUCAUCAUGUCACAAGGUUGUGGAGGUUGACGUCCGUCUGACCGACAACAACGGCCAACCUUUGACCCAUUGGAUGAAAAUACAGGCCUGUGUCAUCCAAUCUAGGCCCGGGGAGCACUUUGGAAUGCUUCUUUCGGGGCCUUUUGUGCGGUUCGCGCUCUACACUGCUACAUGCCCAGAUGGGCAGGGACUUCUCUAUGUUUGUAAUCACAAGAAGGAGCUAAGGCAGCUGCCAGCCAUGCCGGGCGACUUUGUGCCAAGGGGACCACCAUUUGUGGCUACCACCCGUCCAGCUCCGGAUGGUGGAGAACCACCCUACUUUUUACUACAAGAGACGCAACGCAUGAGACCGGCAACAAUGCAGCCGCCCCAAAUUCCGCUACCAGCGAAGACACCAGCGAGGAGAGGGAGAAGAAAGGGGAAGGGAGGGGGCCCUUAG